AUGUCUCAAAGUCGUUACGAUGUUUUAAGUUUACUUGUUCGUAAUGUUCUAUUGUCAAAUUCAAAACAGUUUCAAUUACAUGGAGAUAAACAAAUAAUCAUUCAGAUUUUGCCCACAGCACCUGAAAGAGCAUUUUUAUCAACUGACUGCUAUGAUUCAAGUAAUGAUCUUAAUUCGAUAUCUUAUAUCGAUAUAUUGCAACGUUUAUUACGAUUAGGAUUUCAUAUUGAAUCAUCUACAAGUGGCUCAUAUAAUAUGGUUCAAACAAAACAAGAUAAAAAAGUAGAUCAGAUGCAACAACAGCAACAACAAGAUUCUUACGUCUUACAGUAUACACUUGUUCGCACACAUACGUCGUGA